AUGCGUAAAGCCUUCAAGGAGAGAACGCACCUCAUUCUUCUCGUUCUGAAUGCCCUUCUAGUGGUCAUCAUCGUCCUAGGGUCGAAUCAAUGGAAUAAUCAGUCUUUUCCGUCUGGGAAAAGUCAGGAGGAACAACCUACUCUGGUCUAUACCAAUAUCGGAAAUAGCUUUCAAUAUCAAGAAUAUAUUUGGAUCUCAAUUGAACAAUCCAGAAGAUUGAAUCCUAACCUUUCCAUUUAUUUAGUAUUAUCAAGGAAUGCCUUAACAACAGAAGUGAAAAAGAAAAUUCAUGAUUUUAAUUUGAUUCCCUUCUUUUAUGAUGAUGAAAGAGUGCAAUCCGAUCCCUUGAUUAAGGAAUUUCAAGAAUACUUUUUCGUUCAGGGUGAAAUGAACCCUAUUGAUGGUAAUCAGAAAUUCGUACAAUUUACCACUGAGCGAUUGUUUUAUGUGUACGCUGUGAUGAAAUUCGAAAAUCUAAGAAAUGUUUUUCAUGUUGAGAAUGAUAAUCUCCUCUAUGUCCCAUUGGAAGAAAUUUUAAAACCUCUUCUGGAAUGUGGUGUGAAGUUUGGAGUUCCUUUUGCUGAACCCUUUCAAGCGGUCGUUUCAUUCAUGUUUGUUCAAAACACUCUGGUCAUGAGAGAUCUCAUCGAAUACAUUUCUUCAAUUUUCAAAUUGGGACCAGAAAAGGCAGAAAUGGAAGUAGGCACACAUAAUCUCAAUGACAUGACCAUGGUUUAUGCAUUUGUUGCUAAGAGACAUUCGGCAAGUCGAGACAUUGUCGAGUUGCCUGAUCGCUUCUUUGAGAAGGGACAAAAUUGUGUCUUUGAUCGAUCUCAACUGUUGUUUGAUGCUUGUGUGUUGGGUCAAUGGUUUGCAGGAACACACACUCAACCUGGCACGAAUUACUACCAAGAAUCAAGACUGUUUGAUCCAAGGCCAUUUCAAUUACAGUGGAGAGAGCCAAAGAAAGAAAGUUCAAAAAGAUUGAACGAGCUGUAUUUGGUACCGAAAUCACAAGGCUCGAAGAAAGAACCUCGCGAGGCAAGAGUUGUGAAUUUGCAUAUUCAUUCGAAACAACUGGACAAGUAUUUGUCAUUGCCAAAGAGUCUCCUACACUACAAUAGAUAG